CUCAAGCCAGACGUUGAACAGACUCAAUUGGAUCACUAGACUGUCAUAGACCCCAAGCUUUCAGUCCACAUUGUCACAUCCAAAGCUGAUGAGCACGUAUGCAGGCGACGAGCUUCCCGUGUUGGACUUGCCCCGGGAGCUCGAUGCGAGAGCCGAAGGCGAGGUGGAGCUGCGCUGGGAGCGCCCGCUUCCGGAGCUGAUCGCCGCGCUGGUGGCGCUGCUGCAGAAGUACACCCGCCAGGAGGACAUCGUGGUUGGCAUCAAAGACGCAAGGGUUCAGACGCCCCAGUUUGUGCGCGUGACGGAGGCAUCCCAGCAGACCUUAAGCCUGCUGCAGGCGGUGCCCCGGCAACCUUGCAAAUGCUGGCCACAGGUGGUGAUUGGUGAUGGCGAUGGCGAGGUUCUUGACCCGCCCGCAGGAGUGGAGCUAUUCUUGCUUCCAGUCAAGGAUUCUGUGAAGUGGUCAUGGAGCUCCAUGUUUUCAGAGAGAUGGGUGAAGCAAGCGCAGGAAGACAUGUGCCGGCUACUGGAGGGCCUGCGAAGCGGGGCUUUGGUCCGGGACCUGCGCUGGAUCUCCGUGGAGGAGGAGGCCCGGGUGCUGCACGACUUCAACCGGACAGCGACGGUGGCAGCCCCCACACUGCUGGAGCAGCUGUCAGAGGCUGCAAGCAGAUGGCCGGCCCGGGAGGCCGUGGUGCGUGCGGGGGACCCGUUGGGUCCGCUGAGCCACGGUGAGCUCUGGGCCUUUGCCGGGCGCCUGGCUGCGGCCGCCAGAGCCGGCACCGGGGCCCGUGUGGCCAUCUUCUUGGAGCGCGGUGUGGCCAUGGUGGUUGCCCUACUCGCAGCCUGGCGAGCAGGCGGCACGUGCAUGCCACUGGACGUGAAGACGCCCCGCCCACGACUUGAACAGAUGCUCCAAGAUGCAGAGGUCAGCUUGGUGAUUGCCAGUGCGGCGCUGGACACCUCGUGGCUCACGAGUCCAGUUCUCCGGGUGGAAGACUAUCGACACGGCGCAUCUCCAGACUUGGCGCAAAGCGUCGCUCCAGAAGACGCGGCUUACAUCUUGUUUACCAGCGGGUCUACAGGAGUCCCCAAGGGCGUGGUCCUGACUCACGCCAACCUUUCAGCAUAUGUCCAGUGGCAUGUGCCCUACUACCAGCUCACCGAAGAGGACCGUGUUCCGCACAUGGCCGGCCUCUCCUUCGACGCCUCCAUGGCGGAGAUCUGGCCGACGCUCUCCGUGGGCGGCUGUGUCCUGCCAGCCCCUGACGAUGAGGUCCGACUGCUGCCAGAGGCCCUUUGCCGCUGGUACGCUGAGGCAGGGGCAACAGUGGCUUUCCUGACCACGCAGCUGGCGGAGGCCGUGCUGGCAGAGCCACAGUUCCCAGAAAUGAGGCUCCGGGUGCUCUUCACGGGGGGCGACAAGCUCCACUUCCGGCCGCCGAGCCACGCGCCCUUCCAGCUCGUCAACAUCUACGGCCCCACGGAGUGUACCGUCAAUGUCACGAUGUGCUUGGUUCGUCCUGGAAGUGGCGCUCCGCCCAUUGGCGAGCCGGUGGCGGGCGUCCAACUCUACGUCUUGGAUGCGCAGAGGCGUCCUCAGCCGCCUGGGAUUUUUGGAGAGCUUUAUGUCGGAGGAGCGCAGGUAGGUGCUGGAUAUCUGCACAGACCUGACCUCACUGCGGAGCGGUUUGUGCAGAAUCCCUUUGCUGGCACCACGGGGAAGGAGGGGCCGCCUCUCUGGCCCACUGGCCCCGGCUGGGAUGGUCGCCUGGGUCCGCAGGGCUCGCAGGCGGUGUCCACGCAUGGCCCGCGGCUGUACCGCACCGGCGAUUUGGUCCGCUGGACGCACGAGGGGUCCAUCGACUUCCUGGGCCGCGCGGACUGCCAGGUCAAGCUGCGUGGUCAGCGAAUCGAACUGGGAGACAUUGAGUCGAAGCUCCUCUCCCACGAGGCGGUCCGAGAAUGUGUUGUGCAGUGUCGCACCCUGCCUGGCGGCCAUGACAAGUACUUGGCUGCCUAUUGGACGCCGAGUCCGGGAGCGAUCGCAAGCUCCAAGCUUAAGGAGUGGCUGCAGAGUGAGCUACCUGCCUACAUGGUGCCAACUGCCGUAAUGCAGCUGGAUGCGUUGCCGGUGAACAGCAACGGCAAGGUGGACCGCCGACAGCUGCCGGAGCCAAAGCUGGAGGAACCGGAGGAACCGGAGGAAUCGGAGCGAGACCUCCAGGUGCCGGCAGCGCUGGAGGCGAAGGUGCAGGCCGCUUUUGCUGCGGUGCUGGGCCGAGAUGUGGCGGAGGUGCCUCUCUCGGCAUCUUUCUUUGCGCUGGGCGGCCACUCCAUCUCGGUGGGGCGGCUGGUGAACCGCCUCCGCCGCGAGGGUCUGGGCAUCUGCCUGGCGGAUGUGUACUCGGCUCCCACGGUGCGGCAGCUGGCGCGGAGCGCAAAUGAAAAGCUUGAAAAGCAAAAGGAGCCCGAGAGCAUUGAGAAGGAAGGGCCUGAAGGGCCCAAAGGGCGCGAUUCGGAUUCUUUUCCUGCCAGCUAUCAGCAGCUGUCCUUGCAUGGGAUGGCCACCGUCAGCGCCAGCGCCUCUGCAGCCCUGAACUUGGCCCUCUGCUGCCAUGUCCGCGGACCCUUGGACGUCGGCCGCCUCUGCCAAGCCUUCCGUGCCGUGCAGCUGCGCCACGCUGCACUGCGCUCAGUUUUUGAGGGCCAGACGGGCCAGACGUGCCAGAUCAAGGAGGAGGACUGCCUGGAUUUCAGCCAGGUGGACAUGCCUGCAGACCUGGCGGAGUGGGUUCUUGAUCAGCAAUAUGAAGUCUUCAACUUGAGCAGCGGGCCCUUGUGCCGAGUACGCGUCGUCAAGGAGUCUGUGGACACAUGGAUCCUUCACUGGACCUUGCACCAUGUCAGUGUGGACCUUUGGAGCUACACACUGCUGCUGCAGGACUUGGGUGUGGCCUAUGACCAACUGCGCCAGGAGAAAGUUUUAUGGGACCCCGCACCGCAGUACAGCGACUACGCCCGGAGCCAGGCGCUGUCUCAGGCGUCUUUGCAGUACUGGCGGCAGAAGUUGCAGCCACCGCCACCUGCGCUGGCACUGGGCCGGAAGGACGCAAAGGACGGCAACGCGAACUUCAAGGGCGACAAGAUGGACUUCGAGCUGAGCGUGGGCUUGUCGCAGCGCUUGGCCGACCUGGGCAGCGCGGUGGGGGCGUCGCUGCACGCCACGCUGCUGACCGCGUGGAUGGUGUUGCUGUCACGCUACGCAGAGGAGGACGUGUGCGUCGGCACGCCCUUCGCGUGCCGCACCACCGUGGAGUCGGAGGCCACCGUGGGCUACUUCGUGACGCCGCUCUGCGUGCGAGCGCAGGUGGCUGGAGACCUCAGCUUCCGGCAGCUGCUGCGGCAGGUGGCUGCAGAGGUGCGCGCGGCCCUGCAGCACCAGAGGGUGCCGUUGGCCUCGGUCUGUGAGGACCUGGGCCUGGAUCUGCGCCAGGUCCUGCAGGCCAUGUUCAUAUUUCAGACCUGCCCCGACUCCGAAGGCUCCGGAGGCUCGGGCGUGCCCGUCGGGCUGCACUUGCCAUCCUUCUUCAUGGGCCACGAGGGCGCAGAGCUGCCGCUGGGCUCCGAGCUGCAGUUGGAAUCCAUGGGCAUCGGGCAGCGACACGCGCAAUUUGACCUGGCCGUGAUGAUGGCCUUUGCCCCGGGGCCGGCAGGGAAGCAGGGCCGCCUCAUCGGAAACUUCCAGUACAGCUCGGCGUUCAGCCGGGACACCGUGCUGCGGCUCCAGGCUCAGUACCAGCGCUUGCUGGAGGUCGUGGCAUCCGAUGCGGAUUCGCUGGUGGGCCACAUCCAGUUCGUGGACCACGCAGAUUUGCACCUGGAACGGGCUAUCAGCCCGUGGCAGGCCGUGCACGGGGAGCUGCCGGCCACGUCCCUGCCGGAGCUGGUGGCGCAACGAGCCAGCGCCAACCCCAGCGCCUUUGCCGUGGUCAGCCCCGAGGGCACCGUGACCUUCGGCGAGAUCCUGCGGCGCGCGGAGCUGCUCGGCGCCGAGCUCGGAGUUGGCCGCCGGUCCCGGCUGUUCAGCCGGGACCAAAGUGAGGGCCGGCGCAACUCGAGUGACCUGGACUUUGGGCGCGUGGACCAUCGUCUUGACCAGGCGCUCAUGGAGAGCUGCGUGGAGAGUGGGGAGAACCCGCUGGUGGGCUUCAUGGUGCGGCCAGGGCCCUGGAUGGUGGCCGGGCCCUUGGGCGCCUGGAUGGCGGGCUGCGGCUACUUCGCGCUGGAUGCCUCCCACCCCCUGGAGCGCAUCCACCAAAUGGCCCAGGACGCGGCCCCGCAGUGCAUCGUCACAGAGAAGAAGAGCCAAUCCGUCGGCAACUCUCUAGGCUGGCCCUUGAUCCUGGUGGAGGAUCUCAGGCCGCGGGCAAGGAGAGAGCCCUGGCCCUACCUGACCUCGGAGGCGCACGGACUUCUGGUUUUCACCAGUGGUUCGACUGGCAGACCAAAAGGUGUGCUGCUAUCCAACCGGGCACUUUUGGCGCACGUGCUCUUCACCAGCAAGCACUUCAACUUCAAGCCCGGGCAGGCGGUUUUGCAGCACACGUCUUGGACCUUCGAUGCGCCCGUCUGUGAGAUCUGGCCUGCCUUGGUGGCGGGUGCCACGGUCGUCAUGAGCAAGAGGGACGGUUCCAAGGACUUCCAGUACAUUUCCUCGCUGAUCGACGAGCACCGCGUCAGCCAUGCGCUCUUCGUGCCCUCCUUGCUGGCGGAAAUCCUGGAGCACCAAGCCCUGCCGCGAAGCUUGCGAUCCUUGGCUGUGGUGGGCGAGGCCUGCUCCCUCAGCCUGGCGCGAAGGAUCCUGGAGGCGCCUCUCUCCUUGAACAACUUCUACGGGCCCUCAGAAGCUGGCAUCGGAGCAACCAUCUACGAGGUUGACAAAAUCGGCAAAGUCCCUGCAGACGUGCAGACCCUUCCCAUUGGACGACCCGUCUCUUGGCAUCAGGUGUUGCUUCUGGAUCCUCAGCUUCGGCCAGCAGUCGGCCGAGCAGGUCAGAUCGGGAUCAUGGGCGAGGGGCUGGCAAGUGGCUACCUGCAUCUGCCGCAAGAGACUAAAACCAAGUUCAUCAAAACACCCAAGGCCAUACUGGACGUGUUUCCUGAGAGCGGUCCAAUCUUAUACCUCACUGGCGAUGUGGGAAGAUACUGCCAGGACGACCUGGAGUUUGUCGGCCGCCUGGACAACCAGGUGAAGCUCCGCGGGCAGCGAGUGGAGCUUGGAGAAGUAGAAGAGACGCUGCUUUCAGCGCCGGCUGUCACAGAGGCAGUGGCUUUGGUCCAUGGCGACCGGCUGAUUGGUUACGUCUCUAUCCUGCAGGGGGUGGAGGAAGGUGACGCUGUUCGAGAGUGCGUGGAGAAGACACGGCAGCGACUACCGAGGUACAUGUGGCCAGAGCUAGUGGUGGUCAAGGAGUGGCCGCGAGGACGCACGGGGAAGGUGGACCGCAAAGCGCUGCCGGUGCCUACCAUUUCUGUCCAGGACACAGUGGCGCCCAGGACGCCACUGGAGACAGCCAUCCUGGAGGCAUUUUGUCAGGUGCUGAGGCGAGAUCCCAAAUGCACCUCCAUCCACGCGGACUUCUUCGCGCUGGGCGGCACCUCGCUGAAGGCGGCCACGCUGCUCUCCUCGCUGCGGUCGCAAGUGCCGGAGGCGCGGGAGCUGCAGUUCGAGGAGGUCUACGCGCGCCCGGACGUGGCCAGCCUGGCGCAGGUGCUGUCCCAGACCCGCGAGGUAAUGCCGUUGGGUCCAGCUCCGCUGGAGGGCCUCAUGCCAGCAUCCCUGGGGCAAGAGCAUAUGCUGGUGCUUCAGGAGCUGCAGCCAGGAAGUGCCGCCUACAACUCGCCUCUCUUACUGAGGCUGGAGGGAGCCAUCGACCGAGCCGCUUUGGCUUCUGCCGUGGAGCGAGUCAUUGCUAGGCACGAUGUGCUGCGGAGCAACCUUUUGCGUGAUUUCAUCGACGGAGAGCCGGCAGUUGUGCAGGUCACCACCCCGAUCGGGGAGUUUCGAUGUGACAUGGAGUAUUGGACCAUGGAGGGCACGGAGGAAGCUCCCAGUCCAGUGCGCCGCCGGCUGAAGCCACAGACGCUGGUCCGGCGGCUCACAGAGCGCCGGCUCACGGAGCGUAUGGAGCGGCGCGACCGCAGCGGCAGCGGUGAUGCGCCUAGCCGCAACGCUUCGUGGUAUAGUCUGGAGAGACAAGGAAGCAACCGAGGCCUGAUGCGCAGCAACUCAGUCAGGAGCCGCUUCUUCUCGAGGGACCGUGAGCGGAGCUCCUGGUCGCCAGUGUGGCCGUCCUACAACUCGCCACCCAUGCGCUCGCCAGAGAGGCAGCAGGCAGCGCCGCUGAUGGAGAUGUCGAGCACCAGCAGUCUUACUUUGGGCAGCGACUUCCGCAGGUGUCAAGGCGAUGUCGUCUUGUCGUGGCUGACUCUAGAGGCAAAGAAACCAUUUGAUUUGCGAGAUGAUUCGCUGGUGCGGCUGGUCCUCGCCAAGGUGAGCUCGGAGCCCUGCGUCCACAUGCUGCUGAUCAACAUGCACCACUCGGUGACAGAUGGACGUUCCCUGGAGAUCCUGAGGCAGGAGAUCUCUACGGCCUACAACCAAUUGGUUCUGAAACAGGAUGUGCAGCUUCCUGCCCUGUCCAUGCAGUAUGCAGACUUCGCAUACUGCCAAAGGCGGUGGAUGGCCCAGGGCCGCAUGGAGAAGGAGCUGGCCUUCUGGCGCGUGCAGCUGCAAGGGCUCCCAGCCUUACAGGUGCCCACAGAUUUCCCUCGCCCAGCGAAACUUCCCUUGGACGGCGGGCAAGUCAAUAUCACUCUGCAGCCAGGGCUGGCCAAUCGGCUUAGAAGCCUGGCGCGUGCCAAGGGUGCCACGCUCUUCUCCGUGCUCAUGGGCAUUUUUGCAGUGGUGCUGAGCCGAUAUGGUGGUGCACUGGAUCUGGCAAUUGCUUCUCCGGUGGCAAACCGCCACGGGCCUGCGGUGGAGCCGCUGAUGGGAUACUUCGUGAACACGGUGAUCUUCCGCAUUGCCCUGCAGCCCCCCUGCUCCUUUGAGGAUUUGCUGCAGCGGGUGCGGGAGACGGCGGUGGGUGCGUUCCGGCACUCCUCGGUGCCCUACGCCUCGGUGCUGGAGGCCGCGCAGCUGGACGCCGCCGCCGUUCCCGCCAUCUUCGUGCUGCAGGACAAAGCCGAGAGGUCCUGGAGCAUGGAGGGCCUUCGGGUGGAGCAAAUCGAGUUGGAGCGUACCUCUGCCUUGUUCGACAUCACCUGCGAGAUGCAGGAAAUGCCUGGCACAGCUGGAGGCCUACAAGGCCUUAUCGUGUACAACAAGCACCUCUGGACGUCUGCGCGGGCUGCCCGUUUUGCGGAGAGCUUCCAGGCGCUGGCCGCGGCCGCGGCGGAGCAGCCGCAGGCGGAUCUCUUGGCCUUACCGGUCACCUCCACCAGCGAACGCACCCACUUGUUGGAGUGGGGCGCUCAUGGCGUGGCCUUCCCUCAGCCGACCCCCCUGGUCAAGGCCCUACAGCUGCAGCUCCUCCAAUGCCCGCAGCGGUUGGCCCUGGUUGUGGCUGACCGGACUGUCACGUACGAAGAGUUUGGUGCGCGCAUCAUGUCCCUGGCAGCAGCUCUGCGAAAGAAGCUUGCUGAGCCCGCCCCUGGAGAAGAGAUGGUCAUCGGACUGCUGCUGGCACGGUCCGUGGAACUCGCCGUUGCGAUCUGGGCAACCCUGGGCAUCGGAGCCGCCUACGUGCCCAUCGACCCGGAGUACCCAGCUGAGCGCAUUGCCCACAUCCUGGGCAAUGCCACGCCCAAGCUGGUGCUUUGCCGAGAGGAGCACUGCCAUUUGGCAGCUGUGGCUACCUUCUGCACGGUGCAGUGGCCCUUGCCGGGUUCCUCCAAGGUGGAUGUGGGCGGCAUUGAGCAGGCGCCCCCGCUGCGCCUGGCCUACAUCAUCUACACCUCCGGAUCUACGGGGCGGCCGAAGGGUGUGGCUAUCGAGCACAGGUCCGCAGCCAAUAUGGUGAGGGAGCAGCUGGCGCUCAUGAACAUCACCAAGGAGGAUCGCGUUUUGCAGUUCUUCAAGCCCGCCUUCGACGGGGCCGUGCAGGAGUAUCUCAGCACCUUUUGCGGAGGCGCUUGCCUGGUGCUCUGGGAUGAAACCACAGGCUUCGCAGAGGCCUUGGAGAGGCACCACGUGAGCUGCGCCACGCUGACGCCUUCGGCGCUGGCGGUGUUGCGGCCGAGUCUGCGGCUGGCGAAGCUGGCGGUGGCGGCGGAGGCGUGCCCGCCGGCGCUGGUGAAGACGUGGGCGCCGGGCCGGCGCCUGGUGAACGCGUACGGGCCCAGCGAGAGCACGGUGGUGGCCACCUGGGCCGAGCUCCGCGAGCGCGAGCUCGCGUCGGAUUCGCAGCACUCCGGCUCCACGUUUCGGCUGGUGGAGGAGGACGAGUCUGAGGAUUCCUUGCGGCACGUGGCCAUCGGCCGGCCUUUGGGGGGCGUGCAGUGCUACGUCUUUGAGGCCUCGGCCACCAAGUCGCUGCAGCCCAUCGGCACACCUGGGGAGCUGUGCCUGGGCGGAGAGCAGUUGGCCCGCGGCUACCACAAAGACAGCGCCAAGACCGCCGAGAAGUUCGUGCCCAACCCGCUGAACGGCCGGAGGAUGUACAAGACCGGAGACCUUGUGAUGUGGCUGCCCUGCGGCCAGCUGCUUUACCUGGGCCGCAAUGACGAGAUGGUGAAAGUUCGUGGCUUCCGCAUUGAGCUGACCGAAGUGGAAGCUGCCCUGGCCGCGCUCGGUGCACAGGCCGUGGCCGUGAGCUUGAACGCGGCCAAGGAUGGACUCUGGGCGUGGGUCACGCCCGAGUCCCUGUCACCGGCCACACUGCGAGCGGAGCUGCAGAAGACCCUGCCGCAGUACAUGGUGCCCAGCAGGGUCACGGUGCUUGCAAGCCUCCCGCUGACGCCGAAUGGCAAGAUCGACAAGCCGCGGCUUUUGGCCGAGUCUUCUUCAGAGGGACUUGAUGCCAACGAGGAGGAUCUGUCCUUUGUUGCCCCAGAGUCUCCUUUGGAGACCCGACUUUCUGCAGCGGCUGCGGAGGCGCUUGGCCUGGAGAAGCUCGGGGUCACCACGGACCUCCGCACCGCGGGGAUGACGUCGUUGAAGGCCGUGCUGCUGUCCCAAAAGCUCCGCGACAUGGGAUUGACAGUGCCGUUGAGUGCCCUCUACGAGCUGCAGACCGUGCGCGCGAUGGCUGAGCAUUUGGCCACGCAGGAGGCCGCCAUUCCCGAGGCGGCACAGGAUCUGGAGGUGCACCGGUGCGAUGCCGCUUGCCGCACAGGCCUCAAGGCCUUGGCGUUCUUUGUCUGCCGGCUCUGCGCUUGGGCCUGGAUCAGUGGCUGCGUCAUUUGGCCUGCCAUGCUGCCGCUGAGCCUUGCAAGCCACGCCGCAAACAGCGGUGCGUCAGCCUUUUCCUGCCUGGUGCUUGUGUCAUACCCGCUCUACCUGAUGAGUACCAUGCUUUUGGUGGUCAUCACAAAGUGGACGGUGGUGGGGCAGUACCGAGCAGGUGUGCUGCAAAAUGACUCCUGGGCCUUCUUUCGCUGGUGGGUGGUGGACCGCCUGGUGGUCUUCGCGAACGAGCUGUGCUUCAGCGCCUUUCGUGGCGGCCCAGUUUGGUUCGCCUACCUCCGCGCGCUCGGUUUGCGUACUUCUGGCUACUGCCGCAUUGACACUCGCUACAUCUCAGAGUUUGAUCUCAUCACCCUGGGCCGGUGCUGCGUCAUUGCCGAGGGCGCGAAGAUGCGGCCGGCAGUGGCGGAGGCCGCGCUCCUCCACUUGCGGCCCAUGGCUUUCGGGAACUUUUGCGCCGUGGGCGAGAAUGCGGUUUGUACUGCGGGUUGCGUGGCUGGUGACAACGUCACCUUGCAGCCGCUGUCUUUGUUUUCUGGCCGCACCGGCCGCACCCUCCCUGACGGGUCUGUUUGGAAGGGAGCCCCGCUGGUGCAAUCCAGGCAGCAGCCCAUCCGCUUUCCUCCCGGUAUGCUUUGCCGCGACCUCUUUGCAGAUAUUGUCGCGUUGCUGCUGACGCUCUCCUUGCAGACACUCUGCAGCAUGGCCGCGUAUUGCGUGUUCGGCCUCCUGGCAGACGCACAAGGUUUCCGGACCGAGGCGGGUGUCUGGCAGUGGCAGUCGCAGAAUGAGGGCUGGCUGUUCGCGGCCACCUGGCUCCUCUUCGGUCCACCAGUCAUGGCCUCUGCGGACGUGUUGCUGAACCUGGACCUGGCAAGCCUUGCGGACGAGGUGGCACAGGCAAUGGGUAUGACCCAGAUACAGUUCGGUUUGCGUCUGGCAGGUAUGGUGGUUGUGGGCUUUGCGGUUUAUGGCUGGACCCUGACCCUGAGCUCGGCGCUGCUCUGCAGGUUCAUCAGAGGCUCCAGAAAUCUCAACUCCUGGUUCUUCCAGGUUCGGCGCGUGGUGCUGAGGCUGACCUUCCCCCGCUAUCCGGCCCAGCUUUCUGGAACCUGGGCCAUGUCGCUGUAUUUGCGGCUGCUGGGCGGCCGCGUGUCACUACGCGCCACGGUGGCUGUUGCGGAGCCGCCGCUGGAGCCAAGGAAGUUGCACGUGGCAGAGGACGCCUUGCUGCUAAGCCACCAAGCCUUGGGCGACUGCGAGGUUGGGAAGGGCGCUGUGGUGGGCGCAGAUGCUGUCAUGCUGCCUCAUUCACACGUCGAGCCGGAUGCUGUGGUUGGGGCCAUGACCGUUGCCGGCAGACCGGUCCGCUCGGACUUGCAGCUGGUGGGCAAUCCGGGGGUCAUCAUGCGCCGGAGCACCCUGAGCAAGGCGCCCUCCGGCUGGGCCCGAGGCGGCCGUGCGGCGGUGAGGGUCCUCUACCCCUUGCUCGCGCCGAUGCUUCUGCAGCUUCUGCUGCUGCUCACGCUGCUUCCGGCCAUGUACCUGUUGACGCUUGUGCUGGCCAGCUUCAUGAAGCAGCUGCAGGGCUGGACAGGCCGCCUGGCUCUGGCGGGGAGCCUGCCAUUGGCCUACAUCGCCUUGGGCUGGUGCCUUUGUCUUCUCGCUGUUCCGUUGAAAUGGAUCAUCCUGGGCGUCAGUCCAAGCCGAUCCUGGCGAUGGUACGGCUCGGUGCGGAGUCACCUCGCCAUGUUCUCCCAGCAGCUGAACGCCAUGUCCAUCGCCGUAUUUAUGGGAAUGGCACUGGGCUCCCCAUUCUACAACUGCUGGUUGAAACUUCUGGGGGCGAGGGUGGCCAGCGAUGCUCUCUUGCUGACUGCUGUGGUAAGUGAGCAUGACAUGCUCACCAUUGGCAAGGGUGCGGCUGUGGACAAGGAGGCACUGCUUUCCAGCACACGCAUGCUGCCGACUGGGCCCGGCCAGCCGCAGGGGUUCUGCACCAGCAGCAGCCCAGUCGCCGUUGGGGUGGGCAGCACUGUAUCCCAUGCAGCUGCAGUGGUGGCUGCGGAGACGGGCAGCUUCAGCGUGCUGGCGCCACUUUCGGCCGUGGGUCCCUCUGCCCGGCUGCCAGCGCAGACGCUGGCUGUCGGCCUGCCGCCCCAGGCCUUCGUGUGGUCCAGAGGCGAGAACUUGGUGUGGCCCAGCGCGCGGCCAAUCCCGCGGGAGUUGCGCCCGCCAAUCGUUUUGCCUGCGUACGUCAGCCGAGCCAUUGGACGAAUGAAGGUCAACGCCUCGUCGGCCAGCAUGGAACUGGCACCCUUGGUGACUGGUGCCUGCGGCUUCCUUGGCAGGCACGUGGUUGCCGCGCUGCUAGAGACUGGCCUGUGCAGCCGUGUCUUCUGCUUGGUCCGCGCGGCUGACAGCACGAGCGCCCAUCGCCGGGUGGAGGAGGCGCUUCGCAAGGCUGGAGUGGCGUCGCUGGACCAGGUCGAGGCGGUGGUCGGGGACCUGUCGCAGCGGAACUUCGGGCGAUCCUUCGUGGAGGUGCAGCGCCUGGCGAACCGCGUGACUCACGUCUUCCACUCCGCCGCCAAAGUGAACCUCACGGAGCCCUUCGAGAUGAUGCGCAAGGACAACGUGGAUUCGACUGCGCAUUUGCUGGAGUUUUGCUCCAUGGUGCGGCCGAAGCCCUUUCAUCAUAUUUCCACCAUGGGCGUGCUGACGCGGCUGCCUAAGUCGGUCCGUCGGUGUUUGGCCACACCAAAUUCAUCCAAAUGCCCCAUACAGGCCAGAUAUGCUGGAGCGCGCGGCUUCGCUCGAAUUGUUACGUCGCUCGCAGCUUCCCAGCUUCGCGCAGGACCGGCAAGGAGCAGUCCGAGAAAGCGCGCCGCUGGGCGACAUCCGCAGCAUGCCUUUGUACGGCACAGGGGACCAGGCCAAUGGUUAUCCUCAAAGCAAAUGGUUGGCAGAAAUGAUGGUGUUCGAGGCGGCUCGGCAGGGGCUGCCAGCCUUUGUUCACCGGCCUGGUCUUAUUGGCGGUCACUCCAAAACUGGGGCAUCGGCGCAAGACGUCUUCUUCCACUUCCUCUCGGAUGUGCUCCAACUGCGGCGCUUGCCAGCCAUGGAGGGAGACAAGUUCAACUUGACGCCGGUGGAUUGGGUGGCCAAGGCGAUCGUCCACGUCGCUCUGCGGGAGGAAGGUGUCAGUGGCAGUGUCUUCCACCCGGCUGUGCCCCACAAUGCCAUCACCAUUGCGGAGUUGGUCAAGGUGUUCCGAGACUUCGGGUAUCAGAAUCUGCAGAUCAUGGACUUCGUGAAAUGGCGUGACACCAUCAUCGCAGAUCCGAUCCGCUUCAAGAGUUGGUCCUUCUGCGCGGCCCUCACGGCAGAGGGCCACGGCAUCGACUCCAUGGCCGACAGCUCCGCGGGCGCUCGGGCCAUGCGCGAAGCCGUGGGCGAGGCCUACGACGCCUUCCGAGCGGACCAGUGCCUGGUGCAGCAGAUCCGGUGGUGCGUGGGCGAAGGAUUACUUCCGCAGCCCGACGGUGGGGACCCGGACGUUGUGUGAACUUUUAAAGAAAAGGUCGAGCCAAGACUCCAGGCCAAGCCUCGGGUUUCUUUUCUGAGCCAUUUGGAAUCGGCUGGGCACCGAAGGGAGCCUUGCGGUUUCCAUCAUGGCCAGGGGUUUUUGGCGGCGCUGCCAAAGUUCCAGCCCCUCUUGAUUUAUUUUGCCCAUUCAGAACAUGGCUGCAAGAUCAUUUGGACUUUCAAGCCAAUGCCUUCGCAAACAGACCUGACCGCGGUCAGAUUGCCCAC